CGAGGAGACUGGUACAUAGAAAGAUAUUCCGCCAUCUUGAUUUCAUAACCAUGUUCACUGUAAGAAGAAUCUUCGCUCCUAGAAUAUUAUCACAGCCCUCUAGCUCAGCGUUAUGGCUUCGUUUAAGACAGUUUAGUGAUCAGGCUACGAAAUGGACUGAUGAAGAACUUAAAAAGACUGUCAAAAAUGAUAAAGUGGUGGUGUUUAUGAAGGGGGUUCCAACACAACCCAUGUGUGGAUUCAGUAACGCAGUAGUUCAGAUUCUUCGCAUGCAUGGAGUUGAGAACUUUGCGAGUUACAAUGUACUUGAUGAUGAAGAGCUAAGACAGAAGAUUAAGGAAUUUUCUCAGUGGCCUACGAUACCGCAAGUCUACAUGGAUGGCGAGUUUGUUGGAGGUUGUGACAUUUUGUUGCAAAUGCAUCGAGAUGGAGACUUGAUCGAAGAGCUGAAGAAGGUUGGAAUCAAAUCUGCUCUACUGGAAAAGGAGGAAGAGAAUGAUAAAGAGAACAGCUAGUUUUGUGCAUUUUCUUAAAAGAUAUUGAGUUGGCAAGAUAGAGUUGAUUGAUCCCGUUGGCUUUGCAGUUUACCAACAGUCACAUGACUGUAUAGCUGGACGAAAGAUUAAAUUUCAUCUGCUAACAAUAACUUGUGAAUGAAUAAUGACAUGUUGAACAAAAUCAUUUUUAAAUAAACUAAAUUGCUCCUAUAAUGUCAAAGCAAGCAAAGUAUUGAGAUUCAGUGUUGUAUAGAGCGUUUUCACGUGAUGUCACAGCGACCAUGUUGGUUUACCAAAACAAUAAAUUUUCUUUCCUCAGGGAAUUGAACUUUAUUUUUAUGCAAAUGUGCAGAAAGUUUCUAAUGUUUGAUACACCAACAUGGCUGGCUUGUCACCUUGUGUGUAGAAAUGCUUUAUGGCAAUACAUCAUGUAUGGUAAGCCUUUUUUAUUCAUGCACUAACCAGAGAUCCAUUGGCUGAUGACACGAAGCAACUUGUGAUGAGCUUGUCACAACAGUGUUGCUAGUAAAUAUGAAGUAUUACUAGAACCUUUUACGCAUGCUAAUAAUAUGCAGAAGCACCCUGAGCCUCACAAUGAUGCAACACAAAAGUGGGUUAAUUAACAUAUCCUUUGUUUUUAGAGGCUUGGUGUGUUUUUGCAUAUAAUUCAAGCUUUAAUGUAAAGGCCCUAUUGCUUGUGCAUAUUUGUUUGGGAAGGGCAAGGCGAAUCAUAACUGGCAGUUGAUCAAGUUAUGAGAUGGGUUGAGAUGGGGAAACUUUGUGAAAUUCAGAAAUUCUACCAUUUUUAUUCUACACAUUUUAAUCUACACAUGUUGUACCAUAGAACGUACUUUUCUUACUAUAGAAUGGACCUUAAUAAACGAAAAGAACACAUUCGUACACAAUGGAGGCUAAGACUGAGCAAAGGAAAUAGGAACUCAUAUUAAAGUACUUUUUCAGCCUUUUCUAUAAUUUUAUUUUGGAAUGGAAAGAUGUAUUUUCAUUUUACAAUAGACACUCAUGGCUGUGAACAUUUCCCAUUUGUGUUCUAAGACUUUUUCUCUGGUUUAGUUCUAUGUCAUAACAUUUUCUUUCAACACUUUUUAGAAUUACAAAAAGAUUCAUGAUAAUGUACAGAUUGAUACAUAAGGACCAAUUAUUUUGUCCUGCCAUAGGUUGCUGUCAUAUUCUGAAUUACAAUAUAUAACCCUGAUUAAAAUGUACAGUUAAAUCAAA